CGGCGAGGGGAGCCCGCCGUUCGUUCUCGGGCCGCGGGCGCCUCGACUCUGGGAACUUUCCCUGGAGAGAGGGUGUGCGCCGGCUCGCCGACCCGUAAGGACCCCGCAGCCCGUGGGGCCUGCUUCUCCCAGGGGCUCGGGCUGGCUUCCCGCACGGGGAGGUGGAUCGUUCUGAAGCCCUCGCCUUUUUAGAGGCACGAAUCUCUGCAGACUACUGAUAAAUUUGUAGCCAAUAAGGAAAUGCAGCCUCAGAGUGAUUCUAUAUUCCAGGCAGUUCAAAGAAUUCUGAAUCGUAAGCUGAGCUUAGUUUCAGACCUGUAAUGGCCAGAUAUCAAGGUGAAGUUCAGAGUUUGAAACUGGAUGAUGAUUCAGUUAUAGAAGGAGUAAGUGACCAAGUACUUGUGGCCGUUGUGGUCAGUUUCGCUUUGGUUGCUACCCUGGUAUAUGCACUUUUCAGAAAUGUACAUCAAAAUAUUCACCCAGAAAACCAAGAGCUAGUAAGGGUGCUUCGAGAACAACUUCAAACUGAACAGGAUGCCCCCGCUGCUGCUCGACAGCAGUUCUACACUGACAUGUACUGUCCGAUCUGUUUACAUCAAGCCUCCUUCCCUGUCGAAACAAACUGUGGACACCUGUUUUGUGGUGCCUGCAUUAUUGCUUACUGGCGAUACGGUUCAUGGCUUGGGGCAAUCAGUUGUCCAAUCUGUAGACAAACGGUAACUUUACUCCUGACGGUAUUUGAUGAAGAUGAGCAGUCUCAGGAUGCUGUACGAUUGCAUCAGGAUAUUAAUGAUUACAACCGAAGGUUCUCAGGGCAUCCCAGAUCAAUCAUGGAAAGAAUUAUGGAUCUACCCACUUUACUGAGGCACGCAUUCAGGGAAAUGUUUUCAGUCGGGGGCCUUUUCUGGAUGUUCCGCAUUAGGAUAAUACUUUGUUUAAUGGGAGCUUUUUUCUACCUUAUAUCACCUCUAGAUUUUGUGCCUGAAGCCUUGUUUGGAAUUCUAGGCUUUCUAGAUGAUUUCUUUGUUAUCUUUUUGUUGCUUAUCUACAUCUCUAUUAUGUAUCGAGAAGUAAUAACCCAAAGGCUAACCAGAUGAAAAAAAAAUGAGUUUACUAGAUUAGAAUACGUGAGCUAAUGUAUAAAAUCAAACAAAAGGACCCAUGGCAGUAUAAAGCAUUUGAAUAUUAUCUUACAAGCUUAAAACCGCUAUAUGACAAACAUUUGAUUAUCGUUUGACAAAUGCCUGACAAUAUAUAACUGGAACUUCUACAUUUCACAGGUUCUAAUGUUUAGAAUUAUAAUGAUCUACAGUUAUAUCUUGAUUCUGUGUUGUCUGGAAAAAAUAUGGAAUUACAUAAAAAAGGAUGUUUUUAUAUCUUUUUCUUUUCCCUAAAAUUAUUUAAAUUGGAUGUAUAGUAAGAUAUUGUUAAAUGUACUGUUUAUCCAAUUUAUCCUCCUCAGUGGGUACCUGUAUGAUAAUAUAUAGCUAUGAAAUUCAUCUAAAUAUUUUUGUUACAAUAAAAUCUUACACAAUUUGGGGGAAAGUCAGUGUUCUUUGAGUGCUAGCUCAGUUUUGUGCAUUUGGAGCAGCUCUGCGUUUUCAUUCUGGUGUAAUUCUUUGUUAUCAGCUAAAACUGAAAGAAGAAACUUGAAUUUUAUAAUUUGAUUUCAUAUUCUGGUUUACAGAACACUUUUUAAUCAAUGGAGACAUUACGAUGAAAAACAUUUAUCUCCAGUCAGCAUACUUGAUGUUUGCAGUUACGACAGUUAAACAGAGUUUGGUCCUUUUGUAGUAGACAUAAAGUAACUUAUAAAGGAAAAAUUUUUUAGGAACCUGUGUGAUACUGCAAACACAUAGUAGUUUGAUGCAUUUCUGAGGAAAGGGGAUCUUCAUGUCUACAAGCAUCAAAGCCUUUAAGAAGACUACGAACGCUAUUUAAAUUUGAGAAAAGAAUUUAUUGGUUAGCUCUAGCAACAGUUGGUCAAAUUUGGCUUUCUAUUGUCAGGAAACGUUUGUAAUAUUCUCUCAAGAUGGCAGCAUCAUGUCUUACGCAGAGUGAAUGACUAUGUCAGAGAAGAAUCAACACCACAAGUGUUAGGAGAUCCUUACUCAUUUUGGCCGGCAGUGCUCGUUAGUGAAUUUAGGACCGCAGGAUGUAAGGUCAUGCCCAGGAGUCAGUGUGAGCGCUGCCAUCUGCAAUCACCGAUAUCGCUGUUAUCCAUUAGUGAGCCUCACUAUGGAUAACAGAGUAUAAGAAGAAAAUCUGUCACAGUCUCCCAGAUUAAUCAGAUUCGCCAUCAACUGAGAUUCUGGAUGAAACAUAAAUUUGUGUUUUCUAAUUUGGACCUAGGACAAACAAUAAUGCUUAGAUAGAGUUAUACUUAAAGCAGUUUCUUGCUCAUUUUUCAUUUUAUCCUUAGGCCAAUUCUGCGAGGAGGCCAGGGCAUCACCUUCCUCUUCACAGAUGAAAUGCCAUGGUAUUAAUGAAAGUUUUUUGCCUGAAGUCACACAACAACUAAGUGAUUGAACUGGUAUUAAACUCUUAGUAGGACUCCUGCAUAGGAUGUUUAGAUAAACAUGAAGGUCACUAUGACGAGAAGGACUUUGUUAUAUCACCAUUUAUACCAGACUGGAAAUGCAUUUUCUACCAGUUACAAAUUUGGUGUGGGGCUACAGCAAUGUUGUUUAUUGACAGGAUUUUAUUUUCUGCGCAUGUGUUUGGUUCCAAGCAUCACAUUUUUGGUUACAAUAAUUUUACUGCAAUAUUUGGAAUUACUACUAAGAUUUUCUUUCCUAAGAGGUAUAUUGUACCAACUUUUGUAUUGUACAAAAACACUGUAUGAUCUGAAGUGUUAUGAAAUUGAAAAGGGUAUGGGCUGACAUCUCAGAAUUUUAGAGCUGUUUUUGUCACCUUUGUGGAUCACUGAUGAUAAAUGCAGAAGGAAUCUGAGAGAAUAUUUAAAACAAGUAGAGUCAAUCAAUGUUUUAAACAUCAUAGUAAUUCUUCUGUGAUUCAGAGUUAGAUCAUAUAAAUCAAAACAACAAUUUGCACUUUUUAAAACAAUAUUGUAACUGUCACAAAAACAGAUGGUCCAACCCCAGGAGCAGAUAAUAACUUGGGCGGCUCUGUGGGGAACAUGACAGGUGAAAACUGUUCUAAUUGCCCACUAGAACAGUGGUUGCAACCACUGUAAUUCUCAGUGUUUGAGAGGAACAAGGGAACAAAGGACUCUUACUGAUCCCUUGUGGCUGUGCAGAUACCUACCUCACAGAGUUGUAGAAGAUUGAAGUUUAGUUCAAAUUUUGUGAUUGAAACUUGUCAAGUAUUUUAUUCUUUUGAAUAAAAGCAACAUAUCUAAAA